AUGGCGCGCGCGGCGGGCCCCGAGCGGCGGCUGCUGGCCAUCUACACCGGGGGCACCAUCGGGAUGCGGAGCCACCACGGCGUGCUGGUCCCGGGGCGGGGCCUGGCCGCCGCGCUGAGGACACUGCCCAUGUUCCACGACCAGGAGCACGCCCGGGCCCGCGGCCUCCCCGAGGACACCCUGGUGCUGCCGCCCGCCAGCCCCGACCAGAGGAUCAUCUACACGGUGCUGGAGUGCCAGCCCCUCUUCGACUCCAGCGACAUGACCAUCACCGAGUGGGUGCAGAUUGCCCAGACCAUUGAGGCGCACUACGAGCGCUUCCACGGCUUUGUGGUCAUCCACGGCACCGACACCAUGGCCUUCGCGGCCGCCGCGCUGGCCUUCGCGCUGGAGAACCUGCGGAAGACGGUGGUGCUGACGGGCGCGCAGGUGCCCAUCCACGCGCUGUGGAGCGACGGCCGCGAGAACCUGCUGGGGGCGCUGCUCAUGGCCGGCCAGUACGUGAUCCCCGAGGUCUGCCUGUUCUUCCAGAACCAGCUGUUCCGGGGCACCCGGGUGACCAAGGUGGACGCCCGCAGGUUCGCCGCCUUCUGCUCCCCCAACCUGCCGCCCCUGGCCGUGCUGGGCGCCGACAUCACAAUCAACCGGGAGCUGGUGAGGAAGGCCCGCGGGGGGGCCCGGCUGGCGGUGCACAGCCGCAUGGAGCGUGACGUGGGCCUGCUGCGCCUGUACCCCGGGAUCCCCGCCACCCUGGUCCGCGCCUUCCUGCAGCCGCCCCUGAAGGGGGUCGUCAUGGAGACCUUCGGCUCCGGGAACGGGCCCACCAAGCCCGACCUGCUGCAGGAGCUGCGGGUGGCGGCCGCGCGGGGCCUGCUCAUCCUCAACUGCACCCACUGCCUGCAGGGCGCCGUGACCUCGGACUACGCCGCCAGCAUGGCCGCGGCGGGCGCUGGCAUCAUCUCGGGCUUCGACAUGACAUCGGAGGCGGCCCUGGCCAAGCUGUCCUACGUGCUGGGCCAGCCCGGCCUGAGCCUGGACGACAGGAAGGAGCUGCUGGCCAGGGACCUCCGGGGAGAGAUGACGCUGCCCGAGGCGGACGCCUGCCGGCCCCCCGCUGAGAGCAGCCUGGGACUCGGGGUGGCCCAGCUCCUCAGCCUCAGCCAGGAGAUGGACGCCGUGCGAGACGCCCUGGCCCCCAGCCUGGCCUGCGCGGCAGCCCACGCCGGGGACCUGGAGGCCCUGCAGGCCCUGGCGGAGCAGGGCGGCGACCUGAGCCGGGAAGACUUCCAGGGCCGGACGCCGUUGCACGUGGCCGCUCGGAGGGGCCAGGCCGCCGCGGUGAGCCUGCUGCUGCGGAGCGGGGCGGCCGUGGACGCCCAGGACCCCGAGGGCCGCAGUCCCCUGCUGCUGGCCGUGCGGGGAAGGCACCAGGGCACCAUCCGGCUCCUGAGGGCGGCCGGGGCCUGCCUGUCAGCCCGGGAGCUGGAGGAUGUGGGGACGGAGCUGUGCAGGCUGGCCUCCAGGGCGGACGGUGAAGGCCUGCGGGCGUGGUGGCAGGCAGGGGCGGACCUGAGGCAGCCGGGCUACGAUGGGCGCAGCGCCCUGCGCGUGGCGGAGGACGCUGGGAACGUGGAGGUGGUCACUCUCCUGCAGAGUCUCCAGGAUGCGGCUGCAGCCGCGGCUCUGGGGCCGGAAGUGCUGCCUGAUGUCUAA